AUGGUGCAUGGAAAGCCCAGGCACUCACAAAGUCAGGGUUCAAUAGAAAGAUGUUAUCAAGACGUAGAAAAUAUGCUUAGUUCUUUGUUGGAGACUAACAAUACUAACAAAUGGUUGGAAGGAUUAUGUUUUGUACAACUGAUGAAAAAUCCAGCGCAUUAUACUGGUAUAAACUGCAGCCCCUAUGAGGCCAUGUUUGGAGCAAAGUUAAAAGUUGGACUAAAGAAUUUUAUACCUAACGAAUUGUUGAUUAACAUUAAUACGGAAGAGGAUCUAGAGAGACUUUUUAAACUAUCGACGAAAACUAUUGUAAACGUUCCAGAAAUUGAUCAAAUCGAAAAUAGUUCGUUUGAUUCUCGGCAAUUCUCAUCAUUCUCAGCGACUGAAGAAGUUUGGAACGGAGAGACGUUAGUGUUGCCAAUAUGCUUUCGAAACAUUGCUUUUGUUUGGAUUCCGUGUGGAUUUCUAUGGCUAUUUAUGCCUUUGGAAAUAUAUUUUAUUUACAGAAGCUCGGAAAAGGCAAUUCCGUGGACGAUACUUAAUAUUUCUAGAAUGGUACUAGCUCUUUUAUUAAUUGCAGUGUCAAUAAUUGAUCUAAUAAAUGAUUUACAUACUUCACCCAAUUUACCUCCUGUCUAUAUUGUUUCUAAUAUUAUUUCAAUAUGUACUUUGGCUUUAUUCAUAAUUUUAGCUAUUUGUGGACAAAGAAAAGGAAUUUAUUCAUCUGGAAUUAUUUUUAUAUUUUUGUUGUUAAUGACAAUCGGAAAUUUUGGCUUCUAUUAUUCACAUUUAAGCAAUCUAUUUUUGGAGGUAGAUAUUCAUGUUAAUACAGUUAAUUAUAUUAUAGCAAUGAUACGUUUUCCUCUAAUAUUAGCAGAAUUUCUAUUCUAUUGUUUUGCUGAUAAGAUACAAAUUGAGGAAAAACUUGAUAUGCAGAAAGAAUGUCCUAUCAAAUAUGCAUCAUUUCUAUCAAAACUAUUAUUUUGGUGGUUUACAAACUUAGCAGUUUUGGGUUGGAAGAGACCAUUAAAACAGUCAGAUUUGUGGUUAUUGAGGCCUGAAGAUGAAACUUUGAGCAUACUUCCAACAUUCAAUUAUUAUUGGAAAAAACAAAUAUGUGAUUCAGAGUAAGUUAUUAGGUUAGAGAAAUUCAAAUAUUUAGCUGAAAUUAACAUUUAAUUUGAUAUUUGUCUACUCUGGCCUA